ACUAUAUACACACACACCUUUGUCCUCUUUCUGUCUUUAUACUACUUACUUAUUCUUUCCCUAACACUUGAGAUCUAGCUUCAAAUUCAGUUCAGUAAACAACAACUCUUACAUUGAUCUUAUCACUCAGUUUUUAAUUAUUUCUAGGGUUAACAAGAAUUGAUAUGGAGGGUUCGGAUCAGCCAUGCGUUCCUCCAGGAUUCAGAUUUCAUCCAACGGAUGAGGAAUUGGUGGGAUACUAUCUAAAGAAGAAGAUUGCAUCUCAAAAGAUAGAUCUUGAUGUUAUUCGCGACAUCGAUCUUUAUAGGAUCGAACCUUGGGAUCUUCAAGAGAGGUGUAGAAUUGGGUGCGAGGAGCAAAACGAGUGGUAUUUCUUUAGCCACAAAGAUAAGAAGUAUCCAACGGGAACAAGGACCAAUAGAGCGACAAUUGCAGGGUUUUGGAAGGCUACUGGAAGAGACAAGGCGGUUUACAAUAAAUCGAAGCUUAUUGGAAUGAGAAAAACCCUAGUUUUCUAUAAAGGCCGAGCUCCCAAUGGUCUCAAAUCCGACUGGAUCAUGCACGAGUAUAGACUCGAAUCUGAGGAAAAUGCUCCACCACAGGAAGAAGGAUGGGUAGUAUGUCGAGCAUUCAAAAAACGAACACCAACACUUUCCAAGACGAGUGCAGCAUGUUGGGACUCACCCUACUUUUACGAAGAACCAAGUGGCAUGAGCUCAAUGGUCGACCCAAUCGACUACAUCACAAGGCAACCAUCUUCGAGCACCUUAUCCCGGAACAAUCUCUUUUGCAAGCAAGAGUUAGAGGGAGAUAACUUGAAUUUCAUCCAAUCAGACAAUCAUUUUGUGCAACUACCUCAGCUAGAGAGUCAUGCUCUUCCAUCUUCAAAGAGACCUAUAAGCUCAUCAAUAAACCAUAUCAAAGAACACAAUCAAGUUAGAGGAUUCGUGGGUGACAACCAUGGAAAUGAGAUUAAUAAAGUAACAGACUGGAGGGCACUCGAUAAAUUUGUUGCUUCCCAAUUGAGUCAAGAGGAAAAAUAUGAUAAUAACGACGAUAGUAAUAAUGCGGGUGAUGAUUCAAAUAUUGCGGCGUUACUUUUGUUGCAGAAUGGGAGCAGGGAAGAAGUCAAGAGAUUGAGUGGAUUCUUGAACUCAAGUGGUGAAGGUGAGAUUGGAAUUUGCAUUUUUGAUCAUACACAAUGAUGAAAAUUAUAGUUGGUGUCAAGAGCAAUGUGUCCCCCAUUAUUAUGUACUCUAAGAUUGCAUAUAUCUUGGAGACUAUUAUAUAUGUUGUGUAAAAUUAUGUUCUAUGUGUGAGUUUUGAGUGAAAAGACUCUCUUAGGUCUCUCCAUUGGCAGAGCAUCAAUUAAGAGAAUUGUCAAUAUGAUUAUAUUUUUAUUUUAUAGGUAA